AUCUCUGAGGCCACUGGAAUGAUGCUACAUUAUCUCAACGGAAAAUCAGUUACAGGAGAUGCAUCAUUCAGCUCAAAUGUUAUACAUGUUCACAGCUUGUGUAUUGAGUGGGCGCCCCGAGUGUAUUAUACUGGUGAAACUGUUAAGAAUCUUAAGGCAGAACUCUCAAGGGGUGCUAAGCUGAAGUGCAGCAAAUGUGGGGAAAAGGGGGCAGCACUUGGUUGUUAUGUGAAGUCCUGCCGCAGAAGUUAUCAUUUCCCUUGUGCAAAAGAGAUUCCAAAAUGUCGAUGGGAUCAUGAUGACUUUCUCGUGCUUUGUCCUGCCCAUUCUUCUGUUAAGUUUCCAAGCGAGAAGUCUAGAAAUGCCCAUUCUUCAUCCAAGUUAUUGAAUGAGAAGUCUGGAAAUUGUGUGUCUGCUAAUGAUGGCAUGCCAACCGAAAGUGGCCAGCUGAAAUCCAACACAUUUUGGGGCCAGCCAGAUAAUAAAAACUGGGUUUUCUGUGGAUCUGCUUUGCCUCAUGAGGAGAAGUUCCUUUUGAUCAAGUUUGCGAACAUGAUUGGUGUAACUGUAUCCAAGUUUUGGAAGCCGGAUGUCACUCAUGUGAUUGCUUCUACAGAUGGGAACGGUGCAUACACCAGGACACUUAAAGUUCUCAUGGCCAUUUCAAACGGGAAGUUGUUUCUUAAUAUAAAUUGGGUAAAGGAGUGCUUGAAAGCCAUGCAUCCUUUGAGUGAGGAACCUUAUGAAGUUAGUCUCGACAACCAUGGGUGUCGUGAUGGCCCUAAAACGGGGUAUUGAAUGAUGCACCAAAACUCUUUGAUGGAUUUAACUUUUAUUUUGCGGGUGAUUUUAUGUCUGGUUACAAGGAGAAACUGGAGGAUGUGC